CGCAAAGUGAAAUACCCACUCGGUCCCCACGAGUAUUAGUCCAAUGAAGUUGUGUACGCUUGCUGGUCUCAUCCUCGCCUUUGUGUGCGGCGUCGCGGCCUCGACCCAAGACGUCGGUACCAACCUCCAGAACGGCAUCCAAGUCGCCGACAACCUCAUCGCGGACGUCAAGGGCCUCGUCGCCGACGUCCAGCUGCUCAAGUCGUCCAACUCGACCAACAAGGUCCAGCAAGUGCUCGCGAUCAAGGACCGUCUUCAGACCGCAGUUGCCCACGGCCUUGAGAGCGUCGCGGACGGGAAGAAGAUCAUUGCGGACGUCCAGGCGCUGCUCAAGGACGGCGGCAAGCCCGAAGAUGCCGAUGGUAUUGUCGCGGCCGUCAACUCGCUGACGUCGCGCUGGCUGCCGGCGUCGCCGGUUGCGCCGAACGCGACGAGCGCGAUCCACGACGAUGCGCAGACGAUCGCCAAGGUCAUCAUUGACACCAAGAACGACAUUGCGCUCCUCGCCAACGACAUGCACUUGCUGUCGCAGGGCGGCCCUAUCAACGCGACGCUGCUUUUGAGCAUCAAGGACCAUUUGCAGCAAGCGAUCGCGCACGGUCUCGACAACGUCAAGGGCAGCGAGAAGGUCAUCAAGGACAUUCAAAAGAUCAUUGACAACAAGGGCAUCGACAUGAAGGACAGUGUCGGUGUCGUCAACGACAUCCAGUCGGCGCUCCAGCAGGUGCUCGGGUCGCUCGACCCGGCGCCGCGCGUCUGCUUGCGCGAAGGUGUCGGCCGUGGCGUUGGUUCGUUCGUCUUCAACCAGUGCAAAGAAGGCGAGGAGGCCUACGGUGCGCUCUGCUACCCGAAAUGCAAGGAAGGCUAUGAGAAGGUCGGCUGCUGCAUCUGCCGCAAGAAGGGCUGCAGCGGCGCAGAAGGCGUCCAUGAUAUCGGCGUCUCGUGCACCAAGCCCAAGGCGUACGGCCGCGGUGUCGGCUACGCGCUCUGGAACCAGGACAAGUGCGUCGCCGAGAACCCGCAGGGCUGCGAGAAGAACGGCCUCAUGUGGUACCCCAAGUGCAAGGCCGGCUUCCAUCCGUUUGGCUGCUGCAUCUGCACGCCCGACUGCCCGGCCGGUACGCAUGACGACGGUGCGUUCUGCCGCAAGGACCACUAUGGCCGUGGUGUCGGCAAGGCUCGCCUCGGUUGCGAAGCUGGCAAGGAAAAGAGCGGCUUGAUGUGCUACCCGCCGUGCGCCGACAAGUACAAGGGCAAGGGCCCCAUGUGCUGGCCAAAGUGCGGUGGCGCGACGCCGUUUGGCUGUGGUCUCUUUUGCACGUCGUCGGCGGCCACGUGCGCGUCGAGCGCUGUCGACAUCAUUGGCGGUAUUGCCAAGAUCGCACUCAGCGCUGUCAACAAGGACUCGCAGGGCGCGAUCUCGAACGGCGUCCAGACAGGCUCCAAGAUCGUCGUCAUGGAGCACUGCAAGCUCGACCAGAUGCAGUAA